AUGUGUGUCAUCUGCUUUGUGAAGGCACUAGUGCACGUGUUCAAGAUCUACUUGACAGCAAACUACACUUACAAUUUCCGCGGCUGGCCGGUGGACUUCCGCUGGGAUGACGUGCAUGCCUCAGGCGCUGGCAGCAGUCAUCGAGCCUUGACAUGUGCUGCAGCUGCAGCAGGUGUGUGGCUGCUACAUGAUGCAGCACUGGGCGCGGACACACUCACAAGGUCUCCACGUGGGGCUCGGAGCCAAGCACAGUGCCUCCUGCAGCAGAUCCGUGAGCUGCCCAGCCAACUCGCCAGCUAUGCGCUGGCCCACUCCUUGGGCCGCUGGCUUGUAUACCCUGGAUCUAUGUUUUUGAUGACGCGCGCGCUAUUGCCUCUACUGCAGCAGGGCCAAGAGCGCCUAGUGGAGCGCUACCGUGGACGGCGUGCCAAGCUGGUGGCUUGCGAUGGCAAUGAGAUUGACACGAUGUUCAUGGAUCGUCGCAAGCAUCCAGGCAGCCAUGGCCGUGGUCUGCGACUGGUUAUAUGUUGUGAAGGCAAUGCUGGCUUUUAUGAGAUGGGCUGUCUGUCCGCACCUCUGGAGGCUGGAUACUCAGUGUUAGGUUGGAACCACCCUGGUUUCGGGGGCAGCACAGGAGCACCUUUUCCUCAACAUGAUGCAAAUGCAAUGGAUGUGGUCAUCAAGUAUGCAUUGCACCGCCUGGACUUCCCGCCAGCACAUGUCGUGGUUUAUGGCUGGUCUAUUGGAGGCUUCACAGCCACCUGGGCCGCUAUGACUUACCCAGAACUAGGUGCACUGGUGUUGGAUGCCACCUUUGAUGAUCUGGUGCCACUAGCGCUGAAGGUCAUGCCCCACAGUUGGAAGGGGCUGGUGGUACGCACUGUAAGGGAGCACUUCAAUCUCAAUGUUGCUGAGCAGUUAUGCUGCUACCCAGGCCCAGUUCUGUUGCUCAGACGCACCCAAGAUGAUGUUGUCAGCACCUCGAACCAUGUAGCUACUCUGCCAUCCUGUCCAGGGGAGGGCGACGUGGAAGGUAACCGUGGCAAUGAGCUGCUCUUGCGCCUGCUACAGCACCGAUAUCCGUCUGUGAUGGCCCGCGAGGGCCGCACGGUGGUAACCCGUUGGCUGCGCACCAGCAACUUGGCUCAAGAAGCUGCAUUCUAUGCGCGCUACCGCGUUGAUGAGGAGUGGUGCUUGGCAAUGCUGCGUUCUUAUCGUGAGCGCCGCCAGGAGGAGAUGGAUGAUGCUGAGGCCUGGGGGCCACACGGACCUACUUUCCCCUGGCUUGUGGGUCAAGACCUGAGUGCCCGGCGGCGCCGGCAGCUUGCACUGUUCCUAGCACGCAAGCACCUCAAAAACUUGGAGGCAACACACUGCAGCCCACUGGAGCCUGAGGACUUUCAAUUGCCCUGGGAACUGUAG